CGCGUCUGAUUCAGGGCGGAGAAAACUUCUCACUUUUUUCCUCAUCAAGGAGGAGCCUGCGCACACACCGACAUGUACCAAAGUGGAGGCUGAGACACAACUUGAGCAGUGCGGAGUAAAAACUCGUAAGACAGCCAGUAACCUCGGCGAUGCUUCUCCAACACCACGCCAAAGACUGAUCGCCGAUCACGUAGGACUGACCGCCCGCCAGCUGAUCCCGCAGUGCAGCAGCGGAGAAACCAGACCAGUGUGCCCCCCUCUCUGAGCUCCAGGAAGAAGACGCAAAAAUGUCAGAGAGGAGAGGUCAGAAGAAGUCCAUUUUUCUGUCCUCAUUAUUAGUGUGUUGUAUGUUUGCUAGUGCGGAGUAUUCCAGCUGUGGAGAGAACGAGUUCUUCAACCAGACCAGCAACAGCUGCCAGGCCUGUCCUCAGUGCCAGCCAGGACAAGAGCCGCAUAUGAUCUGUGGCUACGGUGUGAAGGAUGAUGACUUCACCUGUGUGCCGUGCCCUCAGGGGAAAUACUCUAAAGGGAAGUAUGAGAUCUGCAGACGCCAUAAAGACUGUGAUGCCCUCUACAAAGCUACGGUCCGCGUAGCGGGAACUCCGGACAGCGACGCUGAGUGUGGGCCAUGUUUACCUGGGUAUUACAUGCUGGAGAACCGACCCAGAAACCUCUAUGGGAUGGUAUGCCACUCCUGCCAGAACGCACCACGCAACACCAAAGAAUGCAUGCAAAGUACUGGACCAGGAGAAAAACCUCAAAUUGACCCUGGCAGCACUACUGUGUUCCCUCAUCCAGAUAAAGGUUCCAAUGGACAGGGUCACCUAGCGACGGCUCUCAUUAUCGCCAUGUCAACCAUCUUCAUCAUGGCCAUCGCCAUCGUCCUCAUCAUCAUGUUUUAUAUCCUGAAGGCCAAACCCAGUGGCCAGGCAUGUUGUUCCGGACAAGUUGUGAAGGCAGUGGAGGCUCAGACCAACAAACAGGAAGACAAGAAAGAUGUCCCUGACAAUGUGGUGAUCUACUCAGAAAAAGACGAGUUUGACAAACUAAAAGCUACUCCCCAGAAGACGGUCAAAAGUGAAAACGACGCGUCAUCAGAGAACGAGCAGCUGUUGAGCCGCAGCAUCGACAGUGAUGAGGAGGCAGCAUCUGAGAAACAGGGAUCAGCUGACACCAAUAACCCCAACCCCAACUUGUGCCUCGUCAACCUGGGCAAUAAGCCCGACCUCUGCCUGCUCUCUCUGGGGCUGCUGGAGAGCGACCGUGCCUGCAACGGGACCCCCACCAUCACAGCUGGCCAGGCCAACAACAUCUCGAGUCCCAACCACAUCGGCAACGUCAACCACAUUGCCAGCACUAACCACAUCAGCAGUGUGAACGCCAUCAAUAACAACAAUAAAACCCCAGGGAUGCUACAGAAUCGAAGGAAAAAGAUCCUGGAUCUAUAUGCCAGAACCUGCAAUGUGACAGAGGGCCUGAGCCCCACGGAGCUUCCCUUCGACUGCCUGGAGAAGGCCAGCCGCAUGCUGAGCUCCUCCUACAGCAGCGAGGCGGCUGUUGUGAAGACUUGGAGGCACCUGGCCGAGAGUUUCGGCCUGAAGCGCGAUGAGAUCGGCGGCAUGAGUGACGGCCUGCAGCUCUUUGAGAGGGUGAGCACGGCAGGCUACAGCAUCCCCGAUCUCCUGACCCGCCUGGUACAAAUCGAGAGACUGGACGCCGUGGAGUCACUCUGCUCGGACGUGCUAGGCAGCAAUGAGGUGGCGGCGGCGGCCGGUCGGCAAGGCAUAAGCAGUUUUCAUAGCCAGCUGGUCUGUCCAUCACCGUACCCAUCUCCCUCCCAACGUUGCGCCAGUGUCUAGAUAUGUGGUGCAGCAUGGACUUCAGAGACUUGGAUGCCUUACAGUAUACAUAUAUGUAGGGACAGACUCUGCUCUGACAAGAAGGGCAGUACAUAUACAGUAUAAACAUUACCCCCAUCACAUGAAGAAUAUCAGUGGACCUUCACAGGCACAAUCCUUUUCUCCCAUCAUGGGUAUUCUCUGCUAAGAAGCUAGCCAUCUGAAAGACUCCGUAUGGCCUUCAUUUUUGUCUUUCUAAAGUGUUUGAGAAACACAAAAAUAAAGGAUUCUUCUGAUUCAGAUUAUUCUCUAGUUUGGUAGUUCAGGUAUUUGCUCCUUUGCAAAAACAAAAUAGUCAGAAUUAGUUUCUAUUUAAUUUGAUUUUUGCCUUUAUCAAAUUCUAAUGAAUUUUAGCAAAAACAGCUGGUUUAACUGUGCGCUGGGCGCAACAGAAGAACAUUUUAAAGUUAAACAAAAUUCAGCAAGCAAUUUUAAAAAGUGCCUCUCUUGGCUACAGUCCAUUGUAAGUGGGUGUAAUGGGGAUGCCUUCUUUGCUGUCCUCUCACUGAACCUUCUGCUACAUCCCGCUGCUGACAUGGCUCGAUGUUUGUGUCUAUAUAAAGGAGACGACCUGGUUUGACCGCAGCAUCAGUUAACAUUCAUGACUGCGCCUUUGGCUGUGCUGUCAUCAUAUAGGAAAGACAGCAGAUAACGAGCCCCCUACUUAGAAUGCAAUCAUUAUGGCCAGCUGGAAAUGCUAAAAUAUCAUUCAGCUCCACUUUCAUCUGGUAAACAUUGCUUGUGAACUCUGGGCAUUCAGGGACACCCCUGUGUCCCUUGCUGAAUCGCGAUGUCACCAGCAGAAACACAACUGUAGUCAAGAGUAGAUUAUGGUAUUUUAAUUUUUAAUGAAUUAUCUGGGGACGUUGUGUCGGCACAUUUAACUAAAUGCUUAAGGCUGAUCUUUGGAGUGUCAAUCCCAUACAGUUCAUGAACACAGCAUUACUCUGCUGUUUGUGCUGUGCCUCAGCACAGUAUGGAAAUCUACAACUUUAACACACACACGGACAAGCAUGCUCUCUUGCUACAACUACUUCCUCAGCAGUGACCCAGUCUGUGACCCCUCCCUAAUAAUAUCCCCCCUCCCCCUAUUCCCCUUUUACCCCAGUGCUGAGGUCUAGUGCUGCCGCCAGUCCUAAUUAUUUGGCGUGUGGCUCCGCGGGCCCCUAAUAGGCUGAAGUGUUGUGGUUUACAGAGCGGGUGCAAAGUGCCUGUGAUUUCCAGCACCCAAUUAAGCAUUUAGGGCCACUUAACCACUGAAAGCCCAGUGGAAAAGCUGUAAAAACCCUGCAUUAAAAAGAGAGAUGCCACAGCAGAGGCAUGACUAACUGCCCCCGGGUUUUUUGCAGUGUGAACGGUGCAAGAAUGCAGCUGGUCGUGGUAGAAGCAGCGCUACGGUCGUCCUAUAACGACUGAUCUUUCUCAGCUUUUGUGGUCGACUCAGUCAUGCUCAGACAGGAUUUAAGCUCCCCUCUACCCUAUGGGACCAAUAUAGCAAAUGAGAACAAUAUGCAGUUGUGUGAGUUGUCCACUUCUGAAAAGCAGCUGAGGCCAGUUCAGUGCUGUAUGUAUAGAGACUGUGGGAGACUAAGCAUCAUUGUGAGGAGCGUCACGUUAAGGGCUCAUUUUAGCUCCAUUAAUAGUGAUGAUGUUAAAAGAUAAGAUGCUGCAGGUCAAAGUCCUGUUUUCUCUAGUGGUUAAGCUUCAAAACUCAGCAGUAAGCUGUAAAAUUCAACUUGCUUUGAUCUCAUUUCCUGGGAAUAGGACUGAUCAUUAUCUAAUGCCUGAUGUUGUCAGCAUAAUGUCCCGUGACUGAUCUGCACAGAAUCAAACACAUCACCUGCUGCCAAGUUCCUUUUCUACUGCUUUUUGUUCACAUUUUACAUUGCAAACUCUGGGGCUGGACUCCAGCACUUUAAAUUAAUUAAUGUGCAUGUUUAUCAAGCAUGUAUUCAUAUUUUUUUUUAUUUCCUUUAAGAUCUGCCUUUUGUCAAGGCAAAUAAAAAGCUCACAUUAAAUGCCUUCUAAGUGCCUUCUUAGAGCAGGGUUGUUUUCAUCAGAUCCAAUUCAAUUCAAAACAGGUUGAACUAAUUAUUUUUUUCUGUUUUCUGUUUUAUGCUGUUGAACUUUUGUAAAUAAUCUAAUUGCUGGAUUGAAUUGAAAUGAAAUGGAUCCAAGCCCUGUUUUCAGGCAGGCAGAGAUCUUGUCUGACAUACAGUAUAUUAUGCUGAUAGGAUGAUACAGAAGCCAAACAUGGAUUACUUACCUCAGUAGCACAUACAGUAUAACAGAACAUGUAGAAACACACACAAACUCAUCACAGAACCAAAGUGUAACUGUAUAUAUAACUUAUUAUUGUACAUAAUGUAUACAUUAAUAAAGAUGUAAUGCAAAACUG